AUGUCGGAUGGAAGAAAAGAUAGAGCAAUGAGGAUUCCUUUUAAUCGAACAAAUGUUAUUUUAGGAACUGUUCUGGUGAUAUGCUUUGCGGGAGUGAUACACCAUCUUGCGGUUUUGAGAAAAAUCAAAGUCGCAUUCAUUCAAAAUGAGAGAACGCAACCAAAAGUCAGCCCGCUGUGGUCAACAAAAUGCAAAAAACCAGAGGGCUAUGUCUUUUUGAAAAAACACAAGACAGCUUCCACUACCUUCCGAGGAAUCAUGGCUAAUGUCGGCAAAAACCUCUCCUUCGAUGGCGAACACAAUUGGCUUGGACCACAAGGUGGUUGUUAUCCGGCUCCAUUCGGUCCAACUUGCUGGCCAUACAGUGAGGAUGGAUCGCAUUUGGAAAAAAUUGAAGCCCUCAGCUACCAUUUUCGCUGGAACUUGGACUACAUGCCCAAAUUACUUGAAAAUAAUCGGCAAAACAUAAGGACAAUCACAAGCAUUCGCGAUCCACUGGAAACCUAUCGCUCUGUCUUCAACUAUUUCUACGGCGCCAAACGGAAAGGCCCUCACGACAAGUGCGACAUCACGUGCUUUGGCGAACCUUAUUGGUCCUUGACAAAAAACGAAAAUCUGACAAUCGGAGAGUUUCUCGACGACUUAGAUGACAUCUACACUGAUGAAGCUCCCUAUGCCUUCAGAACAAAGAGCAUCCAAGCGUAUGAAAUGGGCAUGGAGUUGAAGAAAAUGGACGAUCCUAAAUACGUCCGGCAGUCCUUGAUUGAGAUGGAUAAACAGUUUGAUCUAGUUAUCAUCACCGAACAUUUUUGGGAAAGUAUCGUCUUACUGGCUCAUCUAAUGUGCGUUGAAUACAGUACUUUAUACAGAGAAUACGCGAAUAAAAAGGACUACGAAGUACCCCCUUUGACUCCCAAGCAAAUGUCAAACUUCGAAAAAUACAACAAAGUGGACAUUGAGCUCUACAAUUUCUUCAACGCUUCGCUUCAUGAGAAAAUCGACGCCUUCGGCCGAGUGAGAAUGAGGACAGAAAUCAUUCUCGCAAAAAGGGCGUAUCAAAAAUGCGCGAAGAGCAAGACUGAUGAAUGUCUUCAUAACCAUCAUCGGCCAAAAGGAAUGCCGAAAAAGAUGGAACCAAGGCUGAAAUUGUCGACGUUUGUUGAUUUGAUGGAAAGAUACGAAGGAAAGUGCAAUCAUGCUUCAAAUAAUGCUUAUGUUCAAGCAAAGAAAAUGCUGGAAACUGGAACUUGGGACAACGAAUGCGAACAUGGAAGAGAAAUGCUAGAAAAUAUGGUUUUCGACACGAAAGUCCCGAUGUCAAAAGACCUACCUUUCAUCCCCCAGAAAGGCCCAAAUGCAGAUUAUUUCAAGUGA